AUGGCCAAUUCUCUUCUCCGGCAUCCCUCCGUGCCGUCGGAUCCUGCCGCGCAAGCGGGUUACCUGCCCGGCAGGUCCGGCAACUGCAACACUGAGAACUACUCAGACUGCUGUGAAGAUGGUAAGAAGUACCCGCAGUACCGCUGCUCGCCUCCCGUCACCUCCGAAACUCCCGCAACUAUGACGUUGAACAGCUUCGCCAGGGGAGGGGACGGCGGAGGGCCGUCGGAGUGCGACAACAAAUAUCAUCCAGAUCACGAAAUGGUGGUCGCGUUGUCGACCGGGUGGUUCGACGGGGACGGUGGAAGCCGCUGCGGCAAGAACAUCCGGAUCCACGCGAACGGGAAGUCGGUGCUCGCGAAAGUCGUCGACGAGUGCGACUCCGUUAACGGCUGUGACAAAGAUCACGAUUUCCAGCCACCGUGCCACAACAACAUCGUCGACGCAUCGAUCGCGGUGUGGAAUGCGCUGGACAUACCCGAAUCGCAGAUCGGAGAGUAUCACAUCACCUGGUCGGAUGCCGCUUGA